AUGGCGGAUGACAGGCCCCCGGACUGCGACUACGAGGUCGGCGCUUCGGCGGCCCUGACGAGGGCAGGCAUCUUCCCCAUGCGGCUGUGCUGCUGCCUCCCGUUGCCGCUGAAGGCGAUGGUUCCCGCGACGCUCCACGUGAUUCAGGACUUCACGCACCUCGCCAUGGUCGCGGGCUCGGUGAGCGCCGUCCUCAUCUUGGUCAAACAGCUGUACAACCUCAUGGGCAGCAAGGAGCUCAUGAACCCUGGGCACUGGUGGGAGCCCGUUCUGACCAUCGUGGCCACCGCGCCGAACCUGGCGUACAUGAUGAAGCUUCUUGGCCGUUACGACGAGCAGAUUGUGGUAAAGGAGAAGGCGAUCAACGAGAAGAAGAAAGAGCUCGCCAACUCGUAUUCGAACCUAGUACAGGACAUGGACGACCUCCUCGGGAAGGCCGCGGAGUCGUCCGCCACCAUGGCCGAGCGGGGGUUCGAGUCCAAGCGGCGAGACUUCCAGCGCUUCCUGGAGAGGGCCGACGUGCGGUACGCGCAGGUCCAGGCGUCCUUCUCCCAGUCAGACCGCGAGCAGCUGGUCGUGCAGUUCCGGCGCUUCGUGCAAAGGUGGCUCACCGUCUUCACUGAGUGCUCGGUGGACCCAAUUGGGCACCCCAAGAGGGUGGUAAGCGAGGAAGAGCUGGCGCAGUGCUGGACGAUCGGCGAGAUUGCCGGCCUCACUCUGGAGAGGCUCAAGCUCACAGAGGUCAGGUUCAUCUCCGCCCGGUGCGAUCAGGACAAGAAGCUCCUCAAGGGCUUCCGCGCGCAGCACCGGAAGCUGACGGUUGCAGAGCUAACCCCGCUGCAGCUGAAGUCCUUGCAGGGCAUGGCCACGAGUGUGCAGCCGAAGCAGCCGCUGGAGAUCGAGAUGUCCUCCAGCGUGCGGUCGCGCCUUCCCUCCACCGUCGAGGAGGAGGAGGACUCGGACGUCGAAGACCUCCGGGAAGGCCCCUCCGCCGCGACGUCUCGGGGCGGCCGGCCGACCGUGGUCGCCGCGAGGCCGGCCGCGAUGCUGCGGAGGUGGUUCCCCUGCGGCUGGCUGGCGGCGGGGUCGUUCGGCCUGGGCUGCACCACGGGCGGCAUGCCCGGCGGGUGGCCCAGGUCCAUGCAGUGCAUGUGCGCUCAGCUCAUCCUCCUCUCUCAGGAUCGGAGCACCUGGCCCUGA